AUGAUUCGUCUCCAGCCAACACCCAUUACCCUGACCAUGUCCGAGGUCAAGGAGUUGGAAAACCGUCGACGUUAUCGUAGAUAUCUUCAAAGGGAGGAAAACCCAACGUCGGAGGAGACAGUUCAUCGGAAGAGCAGUCCGAGCCUGGAGCACCAAGCGCCCCGGGGGACGCUCACUGCCUCUCAAAAUCGAGGGUCGUCUGCCUCGCCAAAGCCCAGCAAUGCCGACCCAGUGCCAUCCUUAGAGGGGAUCAUAGGCGAACAAACCGGCGAAUUCGAAGACAACGAGGCCACGCCAACGAUCCAACAGCAGACUACAGCGCUGAGGAUGUCUACACAUCAGCCCCAGGUCACUCGCGGCUCUCUCGACUCCCUCGACCUCCUGGCUUUGCCCUCGUCUCCUGGGAUGCUCUUCUCAACGCGGCCUCGCAGACCUCGGACUUUUCAGAGCCCUUCGGAAUGCGACAGGCCACUCAUUGGACCAAUCUCUGGAUCAACACAGAAGGGUUCCUCGCCCACGGAGACAGAAACUUUGAAAACGAGUGCCAUCUCCGGUGCUGAUAACCGACAGACCCCGACCAGGACGGCCAUGGGGGCCGUGAUAUCCAGAGACACUGAUCCAACGAGUAGCCCGAAGUCUGGCCUGAUGGACUUGCGCCUAUCUUCCACACAGGCUUCGAGUAGGGCCUCGACUGAGAGAGCGUGGACGCAGACCCUCGCAAUCCGAACCCGACCAUCUUUCGGCGCCGAAUCAUCAUCUGGAAUCGUUGCACCGUCCGGAACACUGGAACGCCACCAUCGUCGGUCGUCUUGUAUCGUCUCUCCCGAGCCGGAACAUGACGGUGCCCCUGGACCCUCGCCCUCAGAGGGCUGCCAGAUCGGUCGCACGUCUGAAUCAGAUUUGUCCAAGAGCUGGUCACCUAUCGGCCAUAUCUACAAGCGAGGCGCCUGCUGCGAGAGGGAGUCCGUCGCCAGAUCGCCCAGCUCUGCCGCCCCGAGAUCUUACGACCCCUAG